UCUGCUCUGCUCUGAUAGGCCGGUUCCUCAGUCUGUCAGGGGGGCUUAAAGGCGGUGGGCUGAUUAAAGUAGAUUACGAGGGGCAGAGAGGAAGAGAGUGUGCUGGCAUCACGCUCUAGUCACCACAGCGAUGGCUUCACCAUGGAAACACUGCUGCAUCCUCCUCCUCCUCUCUGUGCUCGUCCUCCAUCUGCAGUCUUCCACCUGCCUCGACCGACAACCUGCUGACAGUGCUGCUGUCCUUCCAGUCCAUGAUGAAAGGGUGCAGAUUGAUGGAGGGAUGUGGACGGAGGAGCGUUUGAUAUCCGCAGACCAACCAGACAGACGACUGCAGUCUCCAGAUGUAUCACGGAGGAAACUACUUCAGAUGCCGGGAACUGCACUUCCCUUCCCGCCCCUCAAGGUGUUGUCCAAUGGGGAGCCGUGCCUCCUGUUCCAGGCCAGGAAGCUGUCUCUGCGCUACGAUAAGCAGAAGCAGCUGGACCUGACAGAGAGAACCUUUUCUCCUCAGAAACCUGUCGACACCAGCCAGUCUGUCUGCCGCCAGGAUAAAGCCACGCUGGUGAUGAGGUUUGGAGAUGUGGAGGAUUUGAGAGGUCUUUCCAUCAGACUGCAGCUGUCCAACACUUUCUACGAGUCUUCAGGUCAGUGGUGGUUCUCGGUGGAAAGCGUCUCUCUGCUCUACAACACCUCUGAGGAGGCUGUGUUUAACGUCAGUGAAGUGUACGCUCCAACCUCCUCCUCCUACCACUGCCUCCAUGUCAGCAGCCUGCAGCGCCACAGCGCCCUGCUGCUGCCCAGCACCGAGCACGCCCGCCUCUGGGCCGUGACCUUCACCAACUUCCAGAUUCAGGCCUUCAACGUCACCUCUGGUAAAUUUUCUCCUGCGAGCGACUGCGCCACGUUUCUGACGCCGGCCAUCCUGAUGGGCCUCGUCACUUCCCUCAUCCUGCUGCUGGUCCUGGCCUACGCCCUGCACAUGGUCAUCCACCUGAAACACAUCGAGCAUGACGACGAACACAAGGCCGACGUCUACUACCCUCAUAACCCCGAACAGCCUGAACACUGCUGCGUGGAAAAUGUUGCGGAGAAGAAUUUUCUGUAGUGUAGCGAAUAAGAUAAUUAUAGACUUUUGACACAGAGACACAGCUGAUUUGAUGCUGAACAACAUCUGGCACCAAACAUCUGGUGUGACGAUAUACUUUCAGCUCAAGAUUAGAUUUUUAAAAAUAUAUAUUUCUAGUGUUUUUUUUUAAGUUGCUCAUUAGUGAAUUUCUGUAUUUGUCUUUUUAAAAAAAUUAAUAAAAAUAUAAAUAAAAACUUUA